GUGUUUUUACUGUGACCUUGGUACUUUGUACUCUUCACUGUUUAUCAAAAAACAAAGGUUGCAGCCUUUGAAUAUGGACACAGCUUAGGAUUCAUACGAAUCUGCCAUUUCAGAAGCUUUGUUUCACGACAGGUACGCUUCCUUUUGAAACAGUUAGCCAUAGUCAUGUGACAUUGAUGUUAUCUCUCUGUAUGUUUGUUUAGUGUCGUUAGUCGUUCUCCUGUCGCUCCGUGAGUUUAUGGGUGUGGCGGCUGCUAGUCAGACAAACGGUCAGAGAUCAAGAAUUAAACGCUUAUAUAACUUGAUGUGAUCUUUAUUAACUCCACACCUGCAGCAACAUGAAGACGAUAUCUUUGCUCUUUUUCAUCUCUAUAUUUAUGAACAGUGUGUUUGGUGAUGAAGUGAAGUCAGUGUCAGUGAAGGAGGGAGAUUCUGUUACUCUACACACUGAUUUUACUGACACACAGACAGAUGAUGUGACAGUAUUAUGGACAUUUGGACCUCAAAAAUCUACCAUAGCUAAAAUCAAUAGCGAACCCAAAGGCAAUAAGAUGUCAAUAUAUGAUGAUGUUCUUGAUGGGAGAUUCAUAGACAGACUGCAGUUAAAGGAUCAGUCUGGAGAUCUCACCAUCACAAAUAUCACAACUCAACACACUGGAGUAUAUGAAGUAGAGAUCACUGUCAGAAGUAAGAUUAUACAAAACAGUUUCAAUGUUAAUGGUGUGAUUAACCCAGAAUCAGAUCAACUUAAGUCAGUGUUAGUAAAGGAUGGAGAUUCUGUUACUCUACACACUGAUGUUCUUGAUAUCAAGAAAUAUGAUGUGAUACAGUGGAGGUUUCAAGGGAUUCGUAUAGCUCAUUUCAAUAAAUCAGCCAGUGAGAUAUCAGAAGAUGUGAGAUUCAGAGACAAACUGCACCUGGAUGUUCAGACUGGAUCUCUUAAAAUCAAGAACAUCAGAACGGGUCUCUCUGGACUUUAUGAAGUAGAGAUCAGCAGCAUCAGCAGCGGUUAUACCAUACAUCAAUCAUUCACAGUUACUGUCAGUGGUGAAGUGAAGUCAGUUUCAGUGAUGAAGGGUGAUCCUCUUACAAUAUACACUGAUGUUCCUGACAUUAAAACCUAUGAUCAGAUACUGUUGAUCUUUGGGAAUGAUGACAAACGGAUUGCUGAUGUAAAUAAACUGAACGAACAAUUCACUCUUUAUGGGAGAAUCAGAGACGGACUGACGCUGAAUGAUCAGACCGGAGAUCUCACCAUCACAGAAAUCAGAACUGAAGAUGCUGGACUUUAUGAACUGAAGAUGAGCAGCAGAAGACGAAUCAUUCAGAGGAGAUUCAGUGUUAAUGUCAGUGAGCAAGGUCUGUCUCCAGGUGCUGUAGUAGGAAUAUCUGUUAUCAUCCUCCUGUUUAUUGCUGCUGGUGGUGCUGCUGCUGGUGUGAUUUACUAUCGCCGUAAGAAAGCUAAAUCAAAACAACAACUGGAUGAAAUACAACCAUUGCACGCGUAUGAGGGGGAACCAAAACCAUCGCAAGCGUAUGAGGGGGAACCAAAACCAUCGCAAGCGGAUGAGGGAGAACCAAAACCAUCGCAAGCGGAUGAGGGAGAACCAAAACCAUCGCAAGCGGAUGGGGGAGAACCAAAACCAUCGCAAGCGGAUGAGGGAGAACCAAAACCAUCGCAAGCGGAUGAGGGAGAACCAAAACCAUCGCAAGCGGAUGGGGGAGAACCAAAACCAUCGCAAGCGAAUGGGGGAGAACCAAAACCAUCGCAAGCGGAUGGGGGAGAACCAAAACUAUCGCAAGCGUAUGGGGGAGAACCAAAACCAUCGCAAGCGUAUGGGGGAGAACCAAAACCAUCGCAAGCGUAUGGGGGAGAACCAAAACCAUCGCAAGGGUAUGCGGGAGAACCAAAACCAUGGCAGGCGGAUGCUGGAGAACCAAAACCAUGGCAGGCGGAUGCGGGAGAACCAAAACCAUCACAAGCGGAUGAGGGAGAACCAAAACCAUCGCAAGCGGAUGAGGGAGAACCAAAACCAUCGCAAGCGGAUGGGGGAGAACCAAAACCAUCGCAAGCGGAUGGGGGAGAACCAAAACCAUCACAAGCGGAUGGGGGAGAACCAAAACCAUCGCAAGCGUAUGGGGGAGAACCAAAACCAUCGCAAGCGUAUGGGGGAGAACCAAAACCAUGGCAGGCGGAUGCGGGAGAACCAAAACCAUGGCAGGCGGAUGCCGGAGAACCAAAACCAUGGCAGGCGGAUGCGGGAGAACCAAAACCAUUGCAAGCGGAUGCGGGAGAACCAAAACCAUCGCAAGCGGAUGGGGGAGAACCAAAACCAUCACAAGCUUAUAGGGGAGAACAAAAACCAUCGCAAGCUUAUGGGGGAGAACCAAAACCAUCGCAGGUGUAUGGGGGAGAACCAAAACCAUCGCAAGCGGAUGAGGGAGAAUCUGUUGAUCUGAAGACUGAAGUUAAAGACAUAAAGAGAGAUGAUCUGAUAGAGUGCAGAUUUGGAGAAACUCUCAUAGCUGAAAUCAAUCCUGCAAACAAUAUUUCCAGUACAUAUAAUGGUGAGAAGUAA